CUGCAACAAGACUUUAGUCGAUGCGAUGUCUUUUUCCACUUCAUCCUGCAAAUCUUUCUCGCUGUCCGUCAGCUGGGCACAAAUCGCAGUUGCAUUUUCUACGUCAUAUCCCUAAAGGCAGAUAGAUUGAGAUUUACGUGUAUUCAUGCCCUUUUGAAAGUCCGCACAUUUUCCAGGAUACGCCAAGCAUUUAAUUAUCUCCCAGGAUACGCUAAGCAUUUGAUUCCACUCAGGAUUGUUGAUCUCAGGUUCAUUGGACUGGAAAUGAAUUCAUGA